CAGAAGGGUGUCUCCCAGCUGCAACGGUCUGCCCCCACGCCUUUGCAUUUCCCCAGCGAUUAGCCAGGGACCCAACACAGCCGCCUGACCUCUUUUACGAACAACAAAACCGUGAUGAAGGCAACAGGAGUCAGAAAACUAUUCACUGCAGGAAGCCCCAGUAUCCGGUGAGAAAUAAGAAGUACAACAGUACAGGAUGCGCCUUGGGUCAGGGGGAUGUGAAAAGCCCUCGGUCUUUGUGUUCUUCCCUGUGCCAGAACGUCUGCGUCGGAGCCCUCAGUUCUCCUCUCAGCUCAGUUGCUGUCACUGCACGGCUGCCAGCCUCCCGCUGAAGGGGACACGGGGCCAUAAUGGCCACCUCUGCCGGCCUGCUGCUGCCGCUGCUGCUCCUGGGCCAGCCCUGGGCGGGGGCUGGAGCUCCCAGGGAAGCUGUGGUGUGCGCGGGGAAUGCCUGCUACACAGCCCACUGGGGCAAGCUGAGUGCGGCCGAGGCCCAGAGUCACUGCAGCAAGAAUGGGGGAAACCUGGCCACUGUGAAGAGUGAAGAGGAGGCUUGGAACAUCCAGCGAGCCCUGGCCCAGCUCUUGGAGUUGGAGGAGGCCCUAGAAGCUCGGAUGGGCAAGUUCUGGAUCGGGCUCCAGCGCGAAAAGGCAAAGUGCUUAGACUCCAGCUUGCCGCUGAAAGGCUUCAGCUGGGUGGGCGGCGGGGAAGACACACUUUACACCAACUGGAACAGGGAGGUCAGGAGCUCCUGCGUCUCUAGGCGCUGUGUAUCCCUGCUGCUCUAUCUGUCUCUGCCGUCUCAUGCCAGCCACCUCUCCAAAUGGUCUGAGGGCCCCUGUGGGACCCCAAACUCUCCUGGAAGCAACAUCGAGGGCUUUGUGUGCAAGUUCAGUUUCAAAGGCAUGUGCCAGCCUCUGGCUCUGGGGGGCCCAGGCCGGGUGGAAUACAGGACCCCGUUCCAGGCCACCAGCUCCUCCCUGGACACUGUGCCCUUCGCCUCUGUGGCUAACGUGGCCUGUGGGGAUGGGGACGAGGGUCGGGAGCAUUACUUCCUGUGUAAGGAGAAGGCCUCAGAUGUGUUCGACUGGGGCAGCUCAGGCCCCCUCUGUGUUAGCCCCAAGUACGGCUGCAGCUUCAACAACGGGGGCUGCCAGCAAGACUGUUUCGAGGGUGGUGAUGGCUCCUUCCGCUGUGGCUGUCGGCCGGGAUUCAGGCUGCUGGAUGACCUAGUGACCUGUGCCUCCCGGAACCCUUGCAGCUCCAGUCCCUGCAAAGGGGCAGCCACCUGUGUCCUGGGACCCCACAGGAAGAACUACACGUGUCUCUGCCCCCAAGGCUACCAGCUGGACUCAAGUCAGCAGGACUGUGUGGAUGUGGACGAGUGCCAGGACUCCCCCUGCCCACAAGAGUGUGUCAACACCCCUGGGGGCUUCCACUGUGAGUGCUGGGUGGGCUACGAGCCCCGUGGCCCUGGGGAGGAGGCCUGUCAGGAUGUGGACGAGUGUGCCUCUGGUCACUCGCCCUGCUCCCAGGACUGCACUAACACGGAUGGCUCGUUCCACUGCUUCUGCAAGGAGGGCUAUGUCCUGGCUGGGGAGGAUGGCACCCAGUGCCUGGAUGUGGACGAGUGUGAGGGCCCGGAGCAUGGCCUUUGUGAGGGCUUGUGCCUCAAUACGCAGGGGUCCUUCCGCUGCAGCUGCCUGCCAGGCUGGGAGCUGGGCCCGGAUGGGGUCUCUUGUACCGCAGGGUCCACGUCUCUGGCACCACAGACUGGGCCUCCCCAGGGAGAGGAUAUGGGAGAUAGAGAGGGGAAUCUUGUGUAUUCUUCCACAAUAUCCAGGCCCACCGGGGACUCCGAGGGCACCUCCAAGGAGCCACCCACCAUGAAGAGACCCUCCCUCCCAUCUGAGGCUCCCACCACCCUGACUGCGUCUGACAUGCUGGCUCCCAGUGGGCCCCCUGGUGAAUGGAUGGAGCCCAUCACCCAUCACCCCAAGGCUACCACAGAUCGUGGGGAGAAUAUGGAUGAGGCCAAACAAAGUGACAACGGCACCGAUGGGCAAAAGCUGCUUUUGUUCUAUAUCCUGGGCACAGUGGUAGCCAUCUUACUCUUACUAGCUCUGGCUCUUGGACUUCUGGUCUAUCGCAAGCGGAAAGCAAAGAGGGAGGAGGAGAAGGAGAAAAAGCCCCAGAACGCUGCUGACAGCUACUCCUGGGCUCCAGAGCGGGCUGAGAACAGGGCCUUGGAGAAUCAGUACAGAUUGGUUUCCAUACAACACCCAGCGCUCAUCCCAACAAGCGCCCUCCUCUCUGCCCACAACCGCUUGAGUAGCACCAGGAGGACUCAGGUCACCUGCAGGCUUGUUGCUGUCACCACGCAGAACAGAUUAGGAAUGUGUUUCCUUCCGGGGAUUCCCAAGUCUGCCUCUCAAAACCAGGGUGCCCUAUUGUUUCUGGCUUUGCCUUAGAAACACAUCUGUUCCAGAGGAGGACACCUGGGGCAGGAAGAGCUGCCAGGUGAACAGCCGGCCCUCAGAGUUAAGUAAAUAUCCUUUUGCCAAUAUUGAAAUGUAAAUUCUAUAGUUCAGAUUUUUUUUUUUUUUUUUUGGAAAAAGAGUAACUGAAGGAGUGAGUAUACAGAAAGAUGAAGGUUUUGGAGGACUUAGCAAGGUGUUUGGAACUUUGCUUUUUAAAGACAUCUAAUAUUAUUUAGAUUUCAGUUGAAAUACUGGUGUGUAACACUCAGGAGACAAAGGCUUAUAUCCACUGGCCCCAGGACCCUUGGCUGUCUGUUGUGUGGGAACCAACCACGCCACUACUCAGAGCUGGCCAGAGACAUUGCUGACAAUAUGUGCACUUACUUGAACUAACUGCAAAUUCAACAGCUUUGCCUCCAGGCUUUUACAGUUCUACCCUUAUCACUAGGGGAAAGAAGACCUUCCUAUUUAGGCUUCCCCUAAGUCCCUCUGAGGGCCUGUGGGACCUUGUACUGGCUGAGGUCCUCAAACAUGCUCUCUCAUUUUUAUAGAGUCUGACUUCUUCUACUGCCCAGCCCCAUUUUUGACUUUUGUGUUCAAAUCCCUCUGUGCGUGGGAAUGUGAAGCCCUAUCCCUGAUGACAGGCAGACUGUAGAUACCCACUGUGAAACACACAAGGGGAGAAAUGGACCGAUAAAUAAUUCCCCAAAUCCCCUCUAGCAGAAUCAGUCCGUUCGUGAGCAGAUGAGCCCUACCUUCUCUCCCGGAAGCUCCAACCAGUGGCCAAGAUCCCUGAAUUGGAUGAUCUUAUCUAAUGAAAACCACUGGCCUCAAACAAAUACUGUUCUCCCCUUUGAUUCUGCUGCCAUUUUGUAUGAGGGAUGUGAACUACUGUUUGGGGAGAUGGGGACCCAGCAGUGGAUGAACCACUGGCCACAUGGCCAUUGACAAACUAGUUGUCGGCAAACUGUCCAUUUAUAUAUACAGAAGCUCCCCGGGUGGCUCGGCCAUGACACGGCCUGAGAAAUGGAGGGGUUGGAGCAUGGGAGAGGUAGACUCUGCUGUGCAUAGACUCCUCCAACUGUGUGCCUGGGCUGGGCUGGGGCAGACUGAGGGCUGUUCUGUCCCUGACCUGCAGAGCAGCAGAACGGCCAGGGUGAUGGAGAAAGGGUGACAGGUCCAUUUGGCAACAGGCUUAAAGACAAUGGAUACUUUUGCCCAAAUAGAAUUUCCCAUAGUUCAAUAAUUCUAGGAUGCUCUUGGACAAUUUAUAUUAGGAAGAAACUCACCCUCUCCCCUCUCUCCAUCUCCCAAGGCAGAUAAUUGAAAGGGAGAAUGACUCCUAAAACGUGCAGCCCACUAUGUUCAUUCCCGAACUUAGAGAUAAUCACUGCUCUUUUUUCUUGUUCAUUUGAACAUGUGAUGCUGGACAAGCCUCACUCCAGAAUCUGAGGAGUGUAAAAAGCAAAGGUGGGGCAAUUAUCUGAAAAUGCCUUUGAAAGAGUUGGACCCAGUGAGGUCUUUUGUAGGAUGCACCCACCCCUGCUCAACAUCAUGACCUUGAGGCAAAAGAUGGCCUUGCAGGUGUCCCUUUGGUUCACCCACAUGCCUGAUCAUCAUAAUUGUGUCAUCUGGCACCACACAUCCACAUCGUGUUUUCCCUUCAGCAUCAAGUGGGUGACUUAAGUGGGUUCUGCCUUAAGAACGGGAGGGAUGCAGGCUAACAUCCUGUCCGUGAUUAGACAAAAAGGUGGAAUAAAAAGUUAAACAUGUAUGUGAGCGUUGUAUGUGCACAGUACAGGAAGAAUUAAGUUGGAAAUGAAUCUUUGUCCCUGAAACACACACAUGUGUGUUACUAUUCUUAUGUUUCAGUCAGGAGCCCCUGUUUGAACUCAUUCUGGUGACACCUGCACUUUUAUCACUGAACGUUACCUUUGGAAAAUAUAGAUGUGAUCAUUAGCUGAUUUUAUUCCAACCCUCUUUCCCAUAAACGUUUCUGUGAAAACUGAGAACAGAGGAGUUUUGAUUCCCAAAAAUGUACUACAUUCAAAGUAACACAUUUUUAAAAGCAAAUAUAGGACAGCCUUUUCCUAUUAUUUUUCUCCUUAGCUUCUCCAUUGUCUAAAUCAGGAAAACAGGAAAGCAUGGCUUUCUAGCAGCUGCAAAAUGGUGUAAUGUCCCCUCCAUGUUUCCAUCACCUUAAACAAUAGAUUAGCAUGGGAAUCCGAGAUAUGAUCCUUGAAAACAUCUGUCCCUGUCUGGCUGCAAAACCUACUGCUUAUAGCCAUGUGGUUUGUGGCAUUUGUCAACCAAAACAAACAAACAAAAAAGCCGAUAAUCAGAAUUCUCCACAUAUUCUGUAAUCAAAUACCAUAUUCUGUUCCAAAUUCUCAAAACUAAUACACGCUGAAGUGCUUUUUUAAAAAGUGAAUUGUGUUUUGACCUGUUCUUGGGGAUCAUGCGCAUCUACUCUAGGAAGAAACUCUAGAAUAUCUUUCUCACAUUGUUCCUCUUUAUCUGUAAGGGGGCAAGCAUUUCCUUUCCACAAAUCUUGCCCAACAUUCUUCUGGACUGGGUUCUUGGUGCACAUUUGACUGAAGCUUGAAUUAGGUUGUUUGCAAGGCCUUGUUCUAUGACACUCAAUGGGACUGUAAAUGUCAGUCAUCACUUCACAAAUGCUAGAUGAGAAUUUAGUAUUUUUAAAUCUGUGUAUUUGAAAUUUGUUCCACUAAUUCUGCCAUCGUGGGAUUUCUGUGCAGGGCGUCUUUCUGUCCUGGGCCCGACUGUUUCCCAGGCGGGGGGAGGGCAGGCUUGGCUGAUGCACAGGGCCUCGGAACUCUGAGAAACCAAGGGCCAUAUCGAGUCUGCCUCGACAAGCAGCAAGCCUGCCGUCCUUUGUGUUUUAUGUCACAUGCCUAACCUAAUAAACUCUGGACUGCA